AUGGUCAUAGCAAGGAGAGGAGACGUGACACAUUCAGGACGAGUAGAGACCUACCGAGGAGAAGACAUACACAGACGUGAGCUUAGAAUGAGGAGGAGAUAUGAUGAUGCUGUGAAUACGGUCUGGAGCCGCAGGUGCAGGACACCUCCAAGGACCUGUACUGGUUCUGAUCCGCUCGAGCCUCCUCCACACACGCGCGGAGCUACAGCUGUGAUACACGCUGACCGACCAGCACACGUGACCCCCGCACACUCACACGGAACAGGGGGAGAGGGGUCACCAGCACACCACACCGUUGGAUGUGAUCUGUGA